CGGCUGGGUGGCAAGGGACCGAGCGCCCGGCGGCUGGCCAGAGAAGGGACGCGCACGGCUGGCGGCCGUGGGGCAUGAGGCGGGGGCGCGAUGUCUGUGCCGCUGCUCAAGAUCGGGGCCGUGCUGAGCACCAUGGCCAUGGUCACCAACUGGAUGUCGCAGACGCUACCCUCGCUUGUGGGGCUCAACGGCACUGUGUCCCGUGCGGGCGCCUCCGAGAAAAUCACUCUCUUCCAGAGCCCAGAAGAGGGCUGGCAGCUGUAUACUUCGGCCCAGGCCCCCGACGGGAAAUGCAUCUGCACAGCUGUAAUUCCUGCGCAGAGUACCUGCUCCCGUGAUGGUAGGAGUCGGGAGCUUCGACAACUGAUGGAGAAGGUCCAGAAUGUCUCCCAGUCCAUGGAGGUCCUUGAGUUGCGAACGUAUCGUGACCUCCAGUAUGUGCGCAGCAUGGAGACCCUCAUGCGUAGCCUGGACUCGAGGCUCCGGGUGGCUGAUGGAUCCCUCUCCGCCAAGAGCUUCCAGGAGCUGAAGGACAGGAUGACAGAGCUCUUGCCUCUGAGCUCGGUCCUGGAGCAGUACAAGGCAGAUACACGGACCAUCAUGCGCUUGCGGGAGGAAGUGAGGAACCUCUCGGGCAGCCUUGCAGCAAUCCAGGAAGAGAUGGGCGCCUAUGGGUACGAGGACCUCCAGCAGCGGGUGCUGGCACUCGAGGCCCGGCUCCAUGCCUGUGCCCAGAAGCUGGGCUGUGGAAAACUGACCGGGGUCAGUAACCCCAUCACCAUUCGGGCCAUGGGGUCCCGUUUUGGCUCCUGGAUGACGGACACGAUGGCCCCCAGUGCAGACAGCCGGGUCUGGUACAUGGAUGGCUAUUACAAGGGCCGCCGGGUCCUGGAGUUCCGCACCCUCGGAGACUUCAUCAAAGGCCAGAACUUUAUCCAGCACCUGCUGCCCCAGCCAUGGGCAGGCACAGGCCAUGUGGUUUAUAAUGGCUCCCUGUUCUAUAACAAGUACCAGAGCAAUGUUGUGGUCAAGUACCACUUCCGCUCACGCUCUGUGCUUGUACAGAGGAGCCUCCCAGGGGCGGGCUACAAUAACACCUUCCCCUACUCCUGGGGUGGCUUCUCUGACAUGGACUUCAUGGUGGACGAGAGCGGGCUCUGGGCUGUGUACACCACCAACCAGAAUGCAGGCAACAUUGUGGUCAGCCGGCUGGACCCGCACACCCUGGAGGUCAUGCGGUCCUGGGACACUGGCUACCCCAAGCGCAGCGCUGGUGAGGCCUUCAUGAUCUGUGGGGUGCUCUACGUGACAAACUCCCAUUUAGCUGGCGCCAAGGUCUACUUCGCCUAUUUUACCAACACAUCCAGUUAUGAGUACACAGACGUGCCCUUCCACAACCAGUAUUCCCACAUCUCCAUGCUGGAUUACAACCCCCGGGAACGGGCCCUGUACACUUGGAACAAUGGUCAUCAAGUCCUUUACAACGUCACACUGUUCCAUGUCAUCAGCACUGCAGGGGACCCCUAGGCACUGCCACAUAUUGGGGGCAGGGAGGGAGGCUCCCUGAGGGCCCUUCCCACUCUGUCUGUGUCCCUGAAGGAUGAUCUUUCCGUCUCUGUCUUGCCCUCUCUCUCCCUACCCUUCUGCCAGGCUCUUGUCAUUGCCCUCUGUAUUUCUAUCAAUGCAUUUCUGCCAUUUCAUCUCUUCUUUAUUGAUCUCUGCUUUUGAUACUCUACUUUUUAUCUUUCUGCCUUUUUAUUGAUCUCCCUGUCUCUUUCUUUUUAUUGAUCUGACCCUCUGGUCCUCAUUCCCUAUCUCUGCUGCUCUUUGUCUCGCUCUGCCCUCCCCCUCCUUUUGCUUCCUGCCCCACCCACACCUCUACUUACACUGCCCUCUCCCCCAAAUGGAGUGCAUGGAUCUGUUUCUUUUUUUAUUUACACUUCUUUCUGAGUUGCUGGAAUAAAUGGGACCUUUGACAUUUGA